AGCGCGAGCAGAAGAAGCAGAAGUCCAAGGCGAGACGAGCCAGGCGGGAGGCGGAGGCUCGUGGCGAGGAGGUGGAGCGCAAGGAGCCGCGUUCCAUCGACAAGAUGCGCGAGCCAGACGAGACCAUCGUCCCUCCAGACGACAGCGAGGUGGAGGACGAUGAAGCGAUGGAUGAGUUCGAGAAGUAUUUCUCGGGCGACCAGGUGCCGAAAAUAUUGUUAACGACCCAGAAGAAGCCAUCCUCGAAGAUGUUCGACUUGUUGAAAGAGCUUAUCCAUGUUAUCCCGAAUACGUUUUAUUAUCCAAGGAAGGAGUUCACAUUCAAGAAAAUAUGUAAGGAGGCUGGUGACAGGGGCUUCACUGACAUUAUCCUGUUCCACGAGAAGGCCAAGCAGGUGCAGGGAUUGUACAUUUGCCAUCUGCCACAUGGCCCGACAUCCUACUGGAGAUUAACUCGUCUGAAAUUGGGACAAGAAAUGAAGGGGAGCGCCACCUGCAACGCCAGCCACCACCCCGAGCUCAUCCUGAACAACUUCGUGACGCGCCUCGGCCGGCGUGUGGGGCGGCAGCUGCUCGCGCUGUUCCCGCAGAAGCCGGACUUCGUCGGCAGAAGAACGGUCACGUUUCACAACCAGCGUGACUUCGUCUUUUUCCGGCACUAUAGGCUGGGACAGGGCAUUCUGGGAAGCAGAUAUAUGGGGAAGAAGUGUCUCGUGUUGCUUGUGCUGUAGCGGGUUAGAUUGAGGGUAGUCGCAUCAUGGAAGCCAAGCACUUCGGCGCAUGCUUGAGGAAGCGGUGGAUGACGCGUUGCAGGCCAUCGGAUCAGAACGCAUGCCGCAAAUCGAGAUUUAUUGAAAGUUUGCACUGUUCUGUCUUCUCUUUACGGGAAGGCCUCCCAUGCGUCCAUAAUCACUGUCGUCUCGGUGCUCGGCGUGGUCUGCAGGCGCUGUAACUCCGCUCCCCAAUUUCCAGUCUGGUGGGCUCAUGCCCCUGGAAGCGAAGUGUUGCUCUGUUGACGUCUUGGAUGCCCAGGGGCUGAAAGCGAUGAUCGCCCUGUCCUCCCUGAUGAAGGGAGGGGAGGUAAAGAGAGGUGCAUGCCCAGGGUGGAAGGGGCUGGGUCAGGUGAGAACUGCAUGGGUGUUGUCGCAUUUUGCCCUGAGCAUGUGUUUGGAUGGGCUUUGAGCAGAGAAUUGUCUUCUGCAACUCGUCUGAAAGAGGUCCUGAAGCAGGGUGCACAAGAGGAUGAGAUGGGGGAGGGGAAGAGUAUCUCUUGGUUCUUAUCGGUUAGCAUGGGAAGGUACGUCUUCAAAGACGACGGCACCAAGUGCAGGCUGCAAGAGAUCGGACCAAGAUUCUCGAAGCUGACGCGACGCCGGGCACUGUAAUUACUCUGGUUCGUCGUGUUCGGAUAGGGGGAUGUGUUGACGCCUCAGGGGUUAGCCUGACACCGCCCAGAAUUCCAAGGUAGGACGCGCCGAAAUGUACAGACCGAGAGGACACCCAGAAGGCGUGCCACUGGGUCUGUGGAUACGUGUGGCCAUUCGGG